CGGAAAGCGUUAUUUGCAAGCUAACAUUUUGAAGGUGAGCGUUCGAGUUAUUGUUGGUCGAAAAGUGAAGUGCUCUGGGGAGUUUUCACUUUGAACUCUGAAGAAAAUAUAGUUGAAAUUUUGUAAAAGGUUAGUAAGGUUUUAAAUUGCUUUUAUAUUUUAAUAUUUCUUUUAAUAAGACUGUUUCAAAGCUGAGCCUUAUAAUGCAGGCAUACAAUAUGCUAUUUUCAAGAAACAUUAAUAAUUCACAUAGAACAGUUCAAAAGAAAUGAUUGUUAGGAACGCUUGUAUAAAUUAGAUAUAAUUUUUCUAUCGGCAAGUGACUUCCCAUAUUACCAUUUCAAUUUACGUGGUGUUUCCACAAACAAAACUAUUAUAUGUUUUAUCGCCAUGCAAACAUACAAAGAACUUAUUACCAUUUCAUUGUUGAGUUUCUCACUCAUUGGAGAGCGGAUUUCCCAACAGCUAUUGCCCAAUGAUAGGGGAUCCGAGGUACCUAUGAUUUAACGUCAUUUUACUGAUAUCAAUGUAAAGGUAGCUCUUCCUCUUCAGUUAUUUUAAGAGCUUUGAUAGAGGUCCGACCAAGGAUUGAACCAGGGUUUCCCAGUCGCGACACUACAUGUGCUGGUUGGGUUACGAUUAUAUGUAAGUUAAGAUUUUUGAAAUGGCCAUUGACUCAGUUUAUCUCAUCGUUCUAUGUUAAAUAUUUUCUCUUAGCACGCAAUGACAUUAUCUGGUAAAAUCGUUCUUCUGUUGGUCGUCAUCUUGUCUGUUGCUAUGGUAACAGAAGCUGGUGGUGCUUCGUUGUGGUUUGGUAACCAAAAAAAGCUUUACAAAGGCCAAGGAGGAAAGAGGGACGAGGUGUUUGAUAAGACGGCCAACGACAAUGGCGGUGUAGAGAGUAAGAGGAAAUCUUUGUUUAGCACUCUAGGAGAUGAUGAUGGACAUUCAAUGUCCUGUGACUCAAUGUUUAUGAUUCAAUGUCCUGAUCUAUGGAUCACCAAUAUCAUCCCGAUAGAUCACCAGUAUUAUCCCGAUAGAUAUCACCAAUAUAAUCCCGAUAGAUCAUCACCAAUAUCAUCCUGAUAGAUCAUCACCAAUAUUAUCCAGAUAGAUCAUCACCAAUAUCAUCUCGAUAGAUCAUCACCAAUAUCAUCUCUCUUAUAGAUCAUCUGUCUCAGGUUAAAUGUAAACACGAGACAAACUAUCCAGACGAUAACUAGAAUAGCGCGACCUAUAUGGACAAUAUUCCUGAGAACAAAUGCUGUAUUUAUGCAUAUAGACGGAUUAUCCGUCGCGAAUCAUCAUCUAGAUUGCCGAUAUUCAGUGUAAGCACAAGACUAAAUAGAAAGUCCCGACGAACUAGCUAGAGGACCUUGAUCUUUACUGGCGAUGGUUAUUGCAACAAAUCACGUCUGAUAUUUUCCUCAUAGUUUAAGACCGCGUUUAUACAACAAACAAAUGAUCAGAUGAAUUAGAGAGUUUAAGCUUCGCGUUAUACCGCAAGCGUCAGGCAAAGAAAAAAUUUACGGUAUCAGGCAAUAAAGAGUAAAUAAACUUGCUGUUUUAAAACCGAAAUACAUAAUUAUUCUUUCGACGCAAGAAAGAAAAUAUGCAACGAAAACGUUUAGGGAAAAUUUUGCCAAGAAGGUUCGAACCUGUCGUUUGCCGUUCCUGGAAACGUGAAGCUUAAACUUCCUAUUAUCUUUUCUUUGCCCAAGUUCGUCCGGGCGAAUCACCCGAUAUGAAUCCGGUCAAAUUUGAGUACAUCCCUCAAUCCCCACGUGCUGACAUUUUUUUUGUAAUUUUGUAGGUAUUCUCGGGGAAGAAGGCAGUGGGCUGUACAAGGAUGGAGAGAGUAUUAUAGGAGUAGAAAAAAGAUGGCAAUAAAAUGCAGGAAAUUCAAUUAUUGUAAAAUUAUGUAAUGUUACGAAUGAAAUAUAUUAUCUUGUUAAGUUAUUGUAAAAUUCUCUGAAGCAAAUAAAAAGUAAAUUUCGUUUCAUCUUGUGUCUUCUUUUUUUCAAUUUCAAUACCACGCGCAUGCGUAGCGUAACAUUGCCAAAAUUGGCAAACGUUAGAUCAUGUUCUUGAAUGUGGGCUACCCUAAAGUGAUCUGAUGUUGUACAGAAC